AUGGAAGAGGAGAACGAGAAUCUCCCAGCAACCAGUCAGCAGUCUUUGAGCAGUACCUCAGCACCUAACGAGCUGCUCUUCAGCAGUCGCCGAGCACUUAACGAAGGUUUUCUUACGCUGAUAAUUUCAAACGUCUGGUCCCUUGAUCACGAAGUGGAAUCGCCAAAGCAGGAUGUUUUUGGACUUGAAUGGUUCUUAUCAGCAAAGAUGGAGGAACAGGUUUGUGGUACGGAGGUGGGGAAUCAGGAUUGUUGUACGAAGUAUCUUGGACUUCAUCUUUAUUGCGGUAAAGCGACUAGAUUUAGUUGCUGGAGCUGUACAGCCAUUUUUCAACUGACAUUGAAGCACAGAAACGAACAGCUAAAUUACGUUAAAACGCAUAAAUACAAUUUCUCUCAGCAACGUACUGAAUACAGCGUUCCAACAUUCAUUAAAAUGGAAGAUCUCGCCAAUCUCAACAAAGGAUACACAGAAAACGGAAAAGUUUCUAUUGAGGCGCAUAUUGUUGUUAAAAAAGUUAAAGGAACGCGGUAAGA